AUGACCCCAUCAGCGCAAGACGUCUCCCCGGAGGUCAAUCCCAAGUGGCUCGAGCUCCGCCAGAAGCACCAGAAUGAGUCCAACACAUUCCAAGCCAUGGUCAAUCGAAACCGAGAGGAGUUCGAGGCUCGAGUCGAUCGUCAGAGGAAGGACUUGCUCGCACUGCACAGCAAGGAAGAGAGUGAAUUCUGGAGCAAGAACACACAGACUGGGGCUGUAAGAGCCGGAACGAAGGCGAAGUUUGCUCGCACACAAACACCAAUAGGUAGUGUAGCGCCGUCCAAGAAGAUUGCUCCACCAGCUUCCCGCCCAGCGACUCCGCGAAUGUCGGUACGGCCACCUGUCACCCCUGCGCGACCAACUCAACACCCACGCUAUGCGGAUGUGCCACCUGCUCCGAAGAGACCGACACAGCGGGCGGGCCUGAAUCGUAAUUCGGGCCAGCCUGAGGUUAUCGACCUCUGCUCUGACGAUGACGACGAUCCGAAUGUCACCAAGAAGCAGCCAAUCGUGCAAAAGAAGACUGCCCAGAAGCCGGCUGCAAAACCAUCAAACGCCCGAAAUGCUACCAUCGAGGAUGCCAUGGCCAUCGAUGGGGGUCAGGUGCAGUCAAGCGAUCCUUUCUCGAUUCCUGAAGCUACUCUUGAGCUGUUCGGUGGCAGUUCGUCGAAGGCCUUUUCCACUCCCGUUCGAACAACCAUCAAAAAUGAAUUCAGCAGCCCGAACCUUGCAAGCCCCUUCGCGAAGAUGGACAUGUCGACUCCCAAGACGCCUGACCCAGAACCUGCUUCACCUUCACCGCACCGAGCUUCUACGGCGACACGACAGUUCGGGUCACCUAGGAUGUUCGGCUCCCGCGCACCAUCGUGUGUUCCAGGUCCAGAUCACUCGACAGCGGGCUUCAUGAACAGAGUUGCAAGCGCGAUGCCGAAUGCGCCCCUUGGCUCAUCGCCUUUCUACAGUAACGCUGCGACGGACAGACCAUCGGUAGGCGUCACGGGUCGCCUAGCGAGUGUAGCUCCUCGUGCAUCCUCUCCUGUUCAGAAGUGGCCUUCACCUCGAUUAUUGUCACCUGCGUCUGAGUCCAAGUCGCUUCCAUGGGCCAAUCUUGGGACACGGAAUCAGCAGCGCGAGCGCUCAGUUGUAUUGAGGGAUGACAGUGUUCGGCAGAGUAGCCACAACAGUGACGUACCGGGCAGUCAUUAUGAUGGAGCGGUCGGAAAGACGAAUGUCGAAAUGCAUGAUGCGCCUAUGUCUGAGGCCACUGAAGUCUCCCCAUCAUCGUCAUCAGCCCCAGCAAUCCAGCCCCCGCAGUUCGAGCGAGUCGAUUCUAGCAAUGCCAACCCCUUCACUACGACCGGAGCCGAAGCUCAAACUCCGCGAAAACAGACUAGACAGCUUCCGAGCCCACCGCCAUCACACGCCUCAGUAGUCUCGGAGCCCGUUGCACAUCGCCAGCAUAAUGUCUCAACACUAUCGCCUAGCUUCAAGAUGCCAAGUCUGCCAGCAAGUGCUGCUCCUAGCACAGUCCGUCAGCCCAUCGCCGCUGGAGCUCGCCACGUACGAGCCGGCACUACAGACUCACGUGCGUCAAGCUACACUCUCCCGGCCAGCCCUCGUGAUCAGCCAGGUGCUUCUGCCUCGUCUCGCCCCUCUGCUAUCUCUAGACAAACCGGCGCCACACAGUCUCGUAAGCGUCCAAUGGUGAUCAGCAUGAGCAGCGACGAGGACUCUGACUCACAGUCGGACUACGCCCCCUCGGAGAACGCCUCCCCGAUUGACGGCGAGCAGCCCAAGCCUAUGAAGCACGCACAUACAGCGAAGAAGACUAAGACUAAUGACGGAGCUGAGGUCGCUGCGAAACCCAAGCCUCGCAUGCAGAAAGUCAUGGGCAGAAAAGGCUAUGGCUUCAAAUUCGCUCCCACUCUCGGCAAAACCGUGGCCAUCCCUUCCAAACCCGCUGCCCGCCCUCCCACUGAGCCCAGGCGCCUCGCAGCUCGAAAGACUGUUAAGAAGGCCACCAUCCCGCAGUUCAUCAAGCGCCGCGCCGCCGUCGCUGCAAAGGGCAAGAUCCAAGACAUGUUCGAUUCGACCGAAGAAUUCGAGACGGAACUCGCCAUUGAAGAGGCCGACCACAUCGAAUCCGCACGCCUGCCAGACGACAUGCGACGUAUGAGUCUCACACCCUCACCGCCUGAUGAGGACAGCGUGGACGCACUCGCCGAGCCCGGGUCGUUUAAAGAGUGGUCGCAACUUCGAAGCACCGGAGAUCGCAAGGCGCGGUUGCAGGGUAUUGUUGAGGAUGAUGAUUCGGAGGUGGAUAUUGGUGAGUAG